AUGAUGACCAUGGUGUUUGCAGUGGAGGAAAUUAAUCGUGAUUCAAGUCUGUUACCAGGUGUCACACUUGGUUUCAGGAUCAUGGACAGCUGUGACCAUGUCCACACCAGCAUGCAAGCUCUUUUCCCUUUAAUAACAGGAAACAUUACAGAGGAGCGAAUGGAUAAAAGUAAACAAUCUGAGAUUUUGUGUUUAGCUGGGUCUCCUGUGUCUGCAGUGAUUGGCCUUGCAUCCUCUUCCCCUACAAGAGCUGUUGCUCACACUCUCGGUCCUUUCAACAUCCCACUGGUGAGUUACUUUGCCACAUGUACUUGCCUUACUGACAAGCAGCUGUACCCAUCCUUCUUGCGGACUGUUCCGAGUGAUCUCUUUCAAGUUAGAGGUCUUGUACAACUGGUUACAUCCUUAGAAUGGCUCUGGGUGGGAACAGUAGGGACCACGGAUGACUACAGUCACUAUGGAAUCCAAGCUUUCUCUAACCAGUUUAGGCAGCGAGGUGGGUGUGUGGCAUUUCAUCUAACGAUCCACAAGUCACCCACAGAAGCUGAGAUACAAAUAAUGGCAGGCAAGCUGCAGAGUUCAAAUGCACAGGUUGUAGUGGUCUUCGCCACAGAGGGUCAGCUACUGGAACUGUUUUCAGAGGGCACAUUGGGCUUCUCCUUCCCUGGUGCCAGAAUCCCCACCUUGGAAGAAUUCCUGCUGAAUGUCCGGCCAUCUCCUGAACCAGGGAUGGAAUUUGUGAACAUGUUUUGGGAAGACCUCUUUGGCUGUAGAUUACAGUUCAGAAACAGAUCUGAAACUGAUGCAGCAGGUACUAAGCCUGUAUGCACAGGUUCAGAGGAUCUGCGGAAAACAAACAGCAGUUACACUGAUGUAUCUCAGGUCAGAAUAUCCUACAAUGUGUACAAAGCUGUGUAUGCUAUAGCCCACGCUCUGCACACUUUGCUCAACUGCAGUUCUACAGGUCUUACAGGGGAGUGUGUUAAAGACAUAUCAUUUACUUCCACAGAGCUGCUGCAUCAUUUGAAAACAGUAAACUUUACUGACCAGUUUGAGGAGAAAGUAUAUUUUGACUCCAGUGGAGAGCCAGUCCCUCUGUAUGACAUCAUUAACUGGCAGAAGGACAGCAAUGGUGACAUUAGGUUUGUCAAAGUGGGAAGCUUUGAUGGUUCAGUUCCACUUGGGCAACAAUUGCAGAUGGAGCAGAGUGCCAUUGUAUGGACAAGAGGGCAGUCACAGGUGCCAGUGUCUCAGUGUAGUGCUCCAUGUCCUGCUGGCAGUCGAAAGGCCAGGCGUCAAAGAGAGCCUCACUGCUGCUUUGAUUGUCUUCCCUGUGCUGAUGGAGAGAUCAGUAAUGUGACAGGUUCCAGUGAGUGCACCAAAUGUCCAGAGUUUCACUGGUCAGACAAAGACAAGGUGAAAUGCAUUGCCGGGGUUGAAGAGUUCCUUUCCUUUUCCGACACCAUGGGCGUCAUCCUGCUCUUACUCAUUCUGCUGGGUGUUGUCCUGACAACCAUCAUCACCACUGUCUUUCACCGGUUCCGUUCCACACCCAUUGUCAAGGCCAACAACUCAGAGAUAAGUUUCUUGCUCCUUGUCUCACUGCAGCUGUGCUUCUUGUGUUCCCUGGUGUUCAUUGGUCAGCCAUCUGCGUGGUCAUGCAGGCUUCGGCAGGCAGCGUUUGGGCUCAGCUUUGUCCUCUGCCUGUCUUGCCUCCUUGUAAAGACCAUUGUUGUUCUCUUGGCCUUCCAGGCAAGAGUACCUGGUUCCAGAGUUAUUAAGAUGUUUGGGCCCUCUCAACAGAGAGCACUGAUCCUCUGCACUACAGCUCCUCAGGUUUGUCUCUGUGCUGGUUGGUUGUUGGGGGAACCCCCUUUCCCUUUUAGGAACACAAACUAUCAAGCCUCAACUGGAAAAAUUGUUGUAGAGUGUAAAGAGACAUGGCCUCCUGGAUUUUACCUGGUCCUGGGCUACAUUGGACUCCUGGCAUUCCUCUGCCUGCUCCUGGCGUUCCUCGGGCGCAAGUUACCUGAUGCAUUCAAUGAGGCCAAGCUAAUCACAUUUAGCAUGUUGAUUUUCUGGGCUGUGUGGAUUACUUUCAUACCAGCUUAUGUUAGCUCUCCUGGGAAAUUUACUGUGGCUGUAGAAAUAUUUGCUAUAUUAGCUUCCACUUUUGGGCUAUUACUGUGUAUUUUUGUCCCCAAAUGUUAUAUUAUUUUACUGCAACCUGAAAGAAAUAAUAAGAAAGUUGUGACUGGAAAAUAUAACAGAUGAACUAAGUAUUUUUGGCAUUUUUGUAUUUUAUGCUUUAUGUAGGGAGCAGAUAGAAAGUUGCACUUCAUCACUUAAUAUUAUUGGACCGAUAUCAUUUUAUUUCUUCAUGAUAUCCUUGAUGGUUGCUUUUUUAAGCCUUGCAUAGCUGAAAAACAGGACACUAAUCUUUGUGUUACUGAAAAGUAGAAGUAUGGUUUGUUGAAUAGGCACC